AUGUACUUCUUCGAAACACCUACUAAAAGACGGUUGGCCCAGGUUGCCUGUGCGGUUGUCUGGUGUUUGUUUGGCGCGGGCCCAAUCUUCGGGUUCGCCGCGUUGAAACCGACUCUCGUGGACCAGGGAAUCUACGAUAGCGUCUGCGACCUCAGUCCGCAAGAUAUCCGCAUCCAGGGCUUUGUUGCCAAUUGCACCGAGCAGGAUCUGAAGCUCAACUUGAUGUUCACCGUGGGUGCCGUGCUGACCAACGUGAGUGCGCUGGUCAUUGGUAGAACGUUGGACUCUUAUGGUCCUAAGGUGUGCGGCCUUAUUGGAGCUUUCUUCCUGUUCUUUGCCUCGUUUGUGUUCAUCAACGCCAAGAACAUCACCUGGUUCGACCCAUACCUCGUGGGCUACUCGUCCAUGGCUCUGGGUGGUCCGUUCUCGUUUAUUUCCAGUUUCCAGCUGUCCAACGCUUUCCCAGAAAAAUCCGGCCUUAUCUUGGCUCUGCUUACCGGAGCUUUCGACACCUCCUCGGCGGUGUUUUUGGUGUACAAAAUCGCAUACAUGAAGUUCCCUACCCUGUUCAAGCUAGAGAACUUCUUUAAAGUGUAUCUGAUCAUCCCUGUGUUCAUGACCGGCGCCCAGCUGUUCUUGAUGCCUAACGAGUCCUACUUCACUCCUCCAGCAGACCUUAUUCCAAACCCUACAGAAGAACAACAAAGACUUGCUGCCGCCGCCGAGCAGGAAGACAUCCUGCACGAGCCAACCGAGUCCACCGCUCUGCUGGGCGGCCCUACAGGCGCAAAAAGAAGAUCCUCCAUUGGUGAGGCGUACAAGUCUGCCUACGUUGAAGAUGAAAUUAUCCAGGUGGAUAAACCCCUGUCCAACUCCAUCUUUGGUAUUCUCCACGGAUUCCCAGCAUCGUACCAGUUCAAGACUUUCUGGUUCCUUCUCAUCUGCAUCUUCGCCACCAUCCAAAUGCUUAGACUCAACUACUUUGUGGCCACCAUCAACUCCCAAUACACCUUUUUGCUUGGCUCUUACGAGAGAUCCGAGAAACUCAACAAGAUCUUCGACAUCGCCCUCCCACUGGGCGGAGUGGUGUCCAUCCCCGUUGUGGGAAUGAUCCUCGACAACUUCUCCACGUCUGUGGUGAUGUUCAUUCUUCUAGGAGUGUCGAUCGUGAUCGGUGUGCUUGGUUGCAUCCAAAACUCGUUUUUCGCGGGUCUCCUUAACGUGCUGAUUUUCGUGUGCUACAGACCGUUCUUCUACACGUCCAUCUCAGACUACUGCGCCAAGGUGUUUGGAUUCGAAACGUUUGGAACCGUUUAUGGCUCCGUCAUGACCGUUUCAGGUGUGUUCAACUUCUUGCAGUCUCCAUUGGAUAGACUCACACACACCUCGUUCAACAUGAACCCUGUUCCUCUCAACCUGCUCCUUCUUUUCUUCACCCUGAUCAUCGGAGGAACCCACGUCACCUACGUGUACGUCCAGAGCAGGGUGUUCAACCAGAAAAAAGCGCAUUCUAUAGGACAUUAA